AUGAGGCCGAAUGUACAUUUGAAGAAGAUUCUUGCAGUGGAUGUGUCUAAUGAUCUUCCUUAUGCCAAGGCAGAGAUAUGCCUGUUUAACAUUGCAAGAUUAGUGAGGAGAGCAAAGGAGAGAGAUGUGAGGAUGUGUGGAGUAAGAAAGAUGUGUGGACUUUUGCAUUCGAAAGACAGGAUGGUGAAGCUUCUGGCAUUGAAGCAUCUUGAAAGGAUUCGUGAGCAUGUGGAUGAGAUAGACACGCAUGUUCUACACAUGUUUUACUCUACAGACAGAAUGAUCAAUGACAUUGUAGUUAGGUAUGUUGGAGUGUUUUCACGGUUUUUCAAGGACAAUGAUGCGGUGUUUUAUCAUGUGUGCAAAUCUGAAAGCAAAUAUCGCAAGAUGGCAAUGCAAGCGCUUAUAGAGCAAUCAUGCAGAUACAGAAGAUAUGGGGAAGGAUUAAAUGGAGAUGAUAGACGGAUGGAGGUGAUUGAUGAGGUUUUUAGGAAUGUACCAGAAGAGUACUUUGGUAAAUGCAGCCUUAGUGAGCUUGUGAUGCUUGCAGUAAGGUAUCCCUGUCUUGUGAAAUAUUUGAAAUUCAGCAGUGAUUUUUUGCUGAAUGAGCUGAAGAAUCCAGAUAAAUACACGCGUAGUGCGUUGCGAAAGAUGAAGGAUGUGUUUGGAGCUGAGGACUGUGUAAGUACGGAAUGGGAUAAGUUUUGGAAGAUUGUUAGAUUGAUGAGGAAUGGAGAUUUUGGAAGUGGAAUCAGGAUGUUGAGCGAGAUGAGCAAGCUUGGAAUUAGUAGGAAGUUCAAGGCGAUGUUUUUGAUGUAUGUGCGAAGGAUGAUGAAUGUGAUGGAAAUGCACGAUGAAAAGGAGGUUGUGAUCUGUGAUGAGUUUGAAAUGCAAGUGUACGGGAUGAAAUGCAAUGGAGUGUACAGGAUGAUGAACAGGAUGUUUAAGAAAGGGAUGCGACGAAUGAAGAUGGCGUGUAAAUGA